ACUGAAGGUUUCCCCCCCUACUUGGCACUUCUUCCUGAAAUCAGGUUGUCGGGUCAAGUGGCAGGGUUUUUUGGUGUUUUGGCAACAGGAUUCCGUCCUCGAAAUCUUUUUGCAAUGUGUGCACGUGAGAAGAUUAUUGGUGUUGUCGCGUGCGGGUGGCAGAAUCAAGCGGCCAAUAUGGAUCUCAUUCCGUCCCCAAAAUGGCGGGAACACCAGAUUGGAUCGUCGUUUCGUUCGGCUAUCGGAUCUGGACUAUUUUAUGCGAUGACGCAGACAAGGCUGAGGUCGACUUGCCAAUCAGAAUGAGAGUUUAAGCUCCGAUACCACGUCGGAUGCGGACGCCGGAUAAAACACCAUCAUGCCACGAACCGCGAAUUUCGUUUUACAUUUAUCAAAUGUAGAACGGACAAACAAAACGCACGUGUGUUCGAAGAAAACUUCCAGAACCCCAUUGCUAUACAGUCCGACGCUACUGCCGGAUGGGGACCAUCACCAUCGCUACAGACAGACUAGAUACUCUUUUCUCGAAAUCCAAUCCAGCCUUACGAGAAUCCGCACCGGAUCCGGUCAAAGGCGAGCGCCCCUCCCCUUGCACUCGUACAACGACAGUCUCGGCCCAGGGGUCUGAGGGCCCCCAACGUCUUAUCCGGUCAGCCUAGGUCCGUGAUUGGCUUAGGCCACCCCAUCGCUGGACCAUCCACCCGGUCGAGGCGACAUUAAAUCUCAUAUAUUAUACCGGUCGGCACGACAUACUGUCCAUCUAUAUCGUUGUGCGAUCCAAACGAGUUACAGUAAAUACAAAGGGGUCUUGUCCCUCUGGUGGCGGAAGGCAGAGCAGGGCAAGGCAAGGCAAGGCAUUUCAACAUACCACACACUCUCUCUUUAUCCAGCCGUUCAUUCCACCAUGUCACAAUCCUACGAUCUGCUAGUCGGCACGUUCAACACGCCCCAACUGUACACUCUCCGCUUCACACCUCCAACGCCCACAUCAGACUCUACGUCGACAUCGACAUCAACCUCAUUAGCAUCGUCACAGGAGUCAAUACUAGCUCCGUCGACAUCAACGUGCAGCGGCAGUCUUAAAAUCAUCCACCGCGCCGCGGCCAUCGGCUCCCACUCGUGGCUUCACCUGACGCCUCGCAAGGCGAACGGCACACGGAACCUCUAUGCGACAGCCUGGACCGAGCCACCGUCCGUGGUAGCAUACGCAGUGAAAUCAGCCACCGAGAUCGAACUGCUCGGCCGCGCCGCGACAAAAUCCCGCAGCGGCUAUGUCACGGCCAACGAUGUUGCCGUGUACUCUGCAGGCGGGGCGACGGGAGAAGUGUUCAGCAUCGACCGGACCACCGGGGCAUUUAUCCCACCGCCCAAAACAGACGACAACGACCAUAGACCAAAUGGAUCAGGAACGAAAUCCGUGUCUUCAGCAUCAAUCGAACCUCGACCUCUCCAGACGCUAUCGUUCGUCGAUUCAUCCGCGCAACGCGACGACGGCAGCGUGAUGGACUUCGGCGGCCUCCGCCACGGCGCGCACUCGGCGGACCUAUCUCCCUCCGGCCGCGCGCUGUACAUCGCCGACAUUGGCCGCAACUGCAUCUGGACGUAUUCCGUCUCGCCGGUCGAUGGAAGUUUGACCCUGGGCGAGAAACAUAUCUCGCCUCGCCCCAACGACGGACCGCGGCACGUCUGGCCCCAUCCUACGGGUGAGCACGUCUACUGUGUCCAGGAACACACGAGUAUUGUGGAUGUUUUUUCAACGACAAGCAAAGCCAACUCCAACUCCAACGACAGCAACAAUGACGGCGUCUACCUCACCCACAGACAAGCUGUACGGAUCAUCCCGCCCGAAGAAAACGAGCACGACUUCUGGGCCGACGAGGUCCGGACCAGUUUUUCUUCUUCUUCACAUCCGGAAUAUCUAUAUGCGAGCACCCGGGGGCUGAAACCGGGCAAAAAGGGCUACGUGGCAGUCUACAAACUUGCUCCGGAUGGGACGAUUGACGAGAAUAAUGAUGACGACGAGGGAAGAACAACAACAACAACUACUACUACUACCACCACCAGGACUUCUUCUCCUGUGUCGCGCUCGUCGCCCGUGGAUACACGCAGCGAUUCGGACGUGUCCGUGGAAGAAAAUGGUCCUCUAGUCGUCCCCAAAGCCUCCUAUAAUGGCUUACUUUGUAUGUACGAGACGCCCACGAGUGGUGGCUGGGCAAAUGCGAUUCAGCCGGGGCCGACGGUCGGGGGCGUCGAAUACCUCGCCCUGACGGAUAGUGAGGAAGGGUGGGUUUUUAUUUUGGGGUGGGAUGGAGCAGCUAGAAAGAUGAGGGAGGUGGCGCGUACGAAAUUGGAUGAUGGGGCUGGUGCCGCCACGGCGGUCUGGUUAUAGUCUUUGGUCGUUUCGACAGAAAGAUAAAGACAGAGAACACCAGGGCAUACAUUAUGUUUUGGAUUAUAAGUGCAAGACCGGACAAUGAAAGCAUCUAGACAACGAAGAACAACAAAAUAUGGAUUCGCCGACUCAGAACGAUAACUAAUUACUGUUCGUCACGGUCACUGUCUCAAAGCGUAACUUCAGAGCGAAAAGCUUUCCAACACGCUGUCAGUCAACAGCCACGUACGAAUCUAAUCUGUUUGCGCCAACGACGGCUGUGUUUCCUGGCCUAGUCGGUCUUCUCAGACAUAUUAUGACUGACUGGAGCAGUUCCACCAGCAGCUGUGGCAGCAGAACCGUUCGUUCCUGACCUGGUCCUCCGCCUGGC